CUCUCGCAGCAUCAGUUCUCCUUCAGCCUUCGAUUCGGUAACGUGCCUGUUUCGCGCCUUCAUUCUCAUCGAUUCGUUCUGUUGUGUACUCCAGUGUUGAGUGAUUAUUUUUUACAGCAUUUCCCUGUUUCCCAGUGCCAAGGAAAGUGAGAGUUUCGGUGUGCGUUGAUUUGCUUUGCUGACGACGACACGGUGGGGGACCUCCCGGUGCGUGCGUGCUAGUUCGUUCGUUCUUUUUCGUUCUACUUUCCAGGGCCAGUUUAGAAAACUUAAAGAGUGAGUUUUGCGGGUGGCUGCCUAGUGUUCUGCUCCAGGGUUCAGCAAUUAUGAGGCUUCUGCAAUGGGAUUCGCUAAUAAUUUGCCUGAUUGUGGCCGCUGUGAAUAUGUGUGCAGCGCAGCAGCAGGCACCUCCGACCAUCACAUCCAUCAGUCCGGAACAGAUUAAGGAUAUUGGAGAUACCGUGGCGCUGGAUUGCGAUAUUGACAACGUGGGCAAGUUUACGGUUGGUUGGCAGAAGAGCAAUCGGGAGCGGUCGCAGAAUGUCAAUACCAUCUCCUUGGGUCCAACGUUGGCCGUGGCCGAAGAGAGGUUCGAGCUCAGUGAUGAUAAAGAGAACAAUACCAUGAAGUACAGAUUGACGAUCAACGACAUCGUCAAUACGGAUGCCGGUCUGUACGAGUGCCAGAUUCAGGUGAACAGCACCAACAAGGUGACGGCUACGGUGGAACUUCAGGUCCGUCAUCCACCAAUUUUAAAGGACAAUCUAAGGGCUACCACUGUUACCAAGGCAGAAGGCGAAGAUGUCAAACUGACCUGCUCGGCUGAGGGAUAUCCACGACCGUCGAUCUCCUGGAAGAGGGAAUACGGUGCCAUUCUACCGAUCGGUGGACAGAGCUUUGCUGGUAACGAGCUGUCGUUGUCUUCGUUGGUCAAGGAUGAUCGUGGUACAUACUUUUGCAUUGCGGAUAAUGGCGUUGGAAAACCAGACUCCAGGACGAUUAACCUUGAGGUGGAAUUUGGCCCGGUAAUCUCCGUUCCACGGCCGAAAAUAGCCCAAGCAACCGAGUACGAUAUUGAACUGGAAUGCGUUGUGCAAGCCUUUCCGUCACCUUCGAUUUCCUGGUUCAAAAAUGGACAGCAGAUUCAUAACGGUGGACCUUAUGGCAUUACCCAAACCGGUCAACCGGAUGACGUAACGACUUCCACGGUGAAGAUCACCUCAGUCGAAAGCUCACACUACGGAGACUACCUCUGCAAGGCUUCCAACAAAGUAGGCCACGACGAAGCAAGGCUGAAUCUCUAUGAACAACGCAUUCCCAACAUCAACUACUCCGGUCUGAAGUGGUCCAGCUCGGGGCACGUUCUCAUGAGCCAUCUAGGUAUCCUAAUGGUAACGGUACUGCUGGCAACGCUGUUGUGAAUAAGAAGGAGAAGCUAAGUGCAACUGCCAAUUUCAAACAAAUCAAGCAGAGACGAAACCUACCAUCCAGCCAAAUGAAACAUUAAGAGAAAACGAAAAGUUCAAAUACAGCGCACUUAGAAGGCCCAUUCCCAGGAACUGUAACCCACUAAGAAAACGAAUCAAAUUAUUUGCAUUUUAUACAGAAGACAUAUCUCUACGAGGAAGGAUACCUACUUACCCAGAAUUGAAUCUAAAAAUGUCCAUAUUCGUUAGGCAUAGUUUAGGUAGAAAGACGAUUACGACUGUUUUUCGGAGGAAACCUGUACAAAUGAAACCGAAUCUAGAAAUUAUGGCAAAACAAAAACCUGACAAAAAAUAAAAAAAUAAUAAUGACCUGGUAGAUCAUGAUACAAAGAGGAAAAUACUCGUUUUAGUGUUAGGCAAAACAUAUUUCGGAAAACGUGUGCGAAUAAAGACAUAGAAUCGUAA